AGUUAUCGAUAAAUUCUCACCUUAAGUUAAUAAUUUAUUUUCAAUUAUUUGUCAAAGGAAGCACGGCAUUUGAUGUUGGGCUAUCUGCAGGGACUGCAAGGCAGCGGUUCUGGACAGGAUCAGCUGCCCAGCGACAUCUACAGUGAGUUCUUUGCGGACAUCCUCCAAGCAGUUAAAGAAAAUGGAUGCAAGUCGGUUGAUCAGGAUAAGCCUCAGGGAUUUUCCAUGCUACGCAGCUUCGAUUCGGAGAACAGCAAUCAAUUGGAACCGCCGGCGGUCACUGAUGCUGAUGUCUGGAUUUUUGGCUACGGGUCUUUGGUAUGGAAGGCGGAUUUCCCGUAUAUAGACCGUCGUCGCGGUUUUAUUUGGGGCUUCAAGCGUCGCUUCUACCAGCACAGCAUCGAUCAUCGAGGAAUUCCUGAGCGUCCCGGUCGUGUGGUUACCUUGCUGCCGGGUGAUCCCAACCAAGAUCGGGUUUACGGAGUGGCUUAUCGCAUUGCCGCUAGUCAAAAGAGUAGCGUGCUGGAUCAUCUGGAUUACAGGGAGAAGAAUGGCUACGAGCGGUGCAGCUUGGAGUUCCACGAGUACCCAAAUAUUAAUACUGGCGACGGAAAGCCCAUCGAGGUGAUCAUGUACGUGGCCACGCAGGCGAACGACUCAUAUGCCGGCAAUGUGUGGCAAGUGCCCUGCAUUGCGAAACAAAUCUUUAGCUCCGCUGGUCCAAGUGGCCCCAAUCGUGAAUACCUAUUUAAUCUGGCAGCCGCAAUGGAGCAGCUUUUUCCCGGUGCCGUUGAUGAGCAUCUGGAGGAGUUGGUGGCUUGUGUGAGGCGUUACAUUGCCGAGGAUGAGCCCAAGUUGAUGCAGCAUGCCCUGUUGCAAGAAAUAUCCGUGAUUUUGAAAGAGGAGAAGCUAUCCGAGCAAGCCAAGCGUCUGGAGGAGCUUCUGGAGCGAUGUCAGCAGCCCGGAGGACGCGAAUGGCUGCUACAUGGAGCACUGCAGCCCAAAAGUGAUGCGUGACCGCUAAUAUUUCCAAUAGAAAAUGACUAUUUAUUGUAAAUACCAAUGAGCCUUGGUGUUUUUUGCAGAUUCACCAUUCCAAAUAGACCAAUUUCAAUGACGUGGUAAGGUUUUACCGGAUAAUUUAAAGGGGGGAAAAUCACAAUUACAACUCUGGUUGAAAAUCAAUGACUAAAACUAUCAUAAAAAACACAAGACAUGAAUAUGAAAGAAUUAUUCCUUGGAAUUAAUAAAACAACAAAUAUAAUUGUGUGACUCAAA